ACACUUUGUCAUUUGCCUAUUUUUCAUUCACAUUCUCAAAAGCUUCAGAUCACAUCAUGUCAUCUCUUCCAGCCAUCGAUGCUCCGGAUCACAUCCUUGAACUCCUGUCCGAGCUUCACCAGAAAUCCCUGGAACAGGAAGCGGCCAUUUCAAGAAGUGGGAAGAAAGUUUUCUCUUCCGAGGUCAUUGGCGACCUCGAAGAUGAACACGUUCAUGCACAUGUUGCGAGCGAAUUCGACAAGCUCAUGCUCGACAAAUUCAUUGCUUUAGACGAAGACAAAUGCCAGUUUACGUACCAACUCAUCAAUGCAAUGGGAGCUACCAACAUUGUCGAAGCCGGAACUAGUUUCGGCGUCAGCACCAUCUAUCUUGCUCUUGCUGUUGGCAAAACAAAAGCCGCCACUGGAAAGACUGGUACUAUCAUCGCGACCGAAAAGGAGACGCAAAAGGCAGAAAUUGCGCGCAAGUACUGGGCACGCUGCGGCCCGACAGUCGAACAAGAGAUUGACUUGAGAGUGGGCAAUCUGCUUGAAACCCUGAAGGAAGGGUUGCCGCAGGUUGACCUUUUGCUCCUUGACAUUUGGUCGGCCCUCGCUCUCCCGACGCUCAAGGUCGUCCUCCCCCGCCUGCGAUACGGUGCAGUCAUCCUGACAGACAAUACGAUAUCUGGCGCUGAAGGAUACAAGGACCUGCUGGCAUAUCUGCGAGAGCCGAGGAAUGGGUUUCGCAAUCUGACCCUCCCCUAUACCAACGGGUUUGAGAUGAGUGUGUAUCUGCCCGUAGCGGAAUGACCACAGCGCACGACGACUGGAUGAAGGAGUCAGCCCUCACGCACCCAUGGUUGCGUUUGUCAUUGCCCGAGGCAGCGUGAUACACUAGGUAGACAAGAUCUCAACGUGAGUCAUUGGAGUGAGUCGCUGGAGGAGAACCGAUCGCAUCCGCCUUCCUUACGUAGAAAGCUAGAGUGAAUUCAACCUAGCGGCUUGUCAAGCUGCACAGCGGGGCUGAUCGCAUUUGCCUUCCUUA